AUGGAAGAUGCAUGGAGUAAAAUAAGCCAGGAAAUGAACCUACCAACAGCUGAAUCAAAGAAAAAAAUGGACUCUUUACUAAGGUCUUACAGGAGGGAAAAGUCGAGAGAAAAAAAAGCUGAAUCACAGGAUCAGUUCGUGGUGAAAUAUAUGUUUCGAAUUGGUAUGCCUAUGAAGCCUUCAGUUUUCUGGGAGACAGAAAUCACCCAGGAAAUACACAAGAUACUUUAG